AUGCCAACGACCAAAAUGCGCAGUCGACCGCAAGUCUAUCCCAGACUUGCAUUCCACGUCAUUCGAGGCAUUGCCUUCAUCAGCGCCUCGGUCGUUUCCGGCAUAUUGAUUUACUUUUGCCUCCAACUCAAGCACGAUGGAUUCAAGUUACCGUGGACAUUUAUUGUGAUCCUCCUAUCUUCUCUCCUCUCCCUCCUGGCCCUACUGGUCACCUCUCUCGUCUAUGCCUUCGCCUUCCUCAACCCCCUUCUCAACCUCAUCUCCAACAGUUCGAUCCUGCUGGUGUGGACCGUCGGCAUCGCGCUGCUCACAUACAACAUGUACGGCACGCUGGGGCACUCGUGUUCCCGGGCGAACUGGGCCAACGACGACGGCAUGAUGAUCUGUCGCACCUACAAGGCCUUUUACUCGUUCAACAUUUUCGGCUGGCUCGCGCAGGUCGCGCUGAUCGUCCUCGACGUGAGGAGUCGGAGGAAGCAGACCGCUCUGGGCAGGUACAAUAAGAUGAUGGCGGAGGGCGCCGCCGCGGCCGACGACAAAGACGUCGUGAGAUUGAACCACUUGGACCCUUAUUCUUAUGGAUCGGGGACGGGGACGGGGACGGGAACGGGGGCGGAUGCAAGAGCUGGCUCUACGGCAGGCACAGAAACGCAACCGCAAUAUGACCAGUCGCAGACGCAACCGUUGUACCAUUCACAUUCACAUUCUCAGAGCGAAGACGACGUCCCCUACGGUGUCACCGAUUACUCGGCUUCGAGACAAAUGUACAGACCUGCCCAGGCUCGCGCCCCGGCACCGACGUACUCGAGCUCUGCUUACGGUGGGUAUGAUAAUUCAGGGUACGGUCACGGACAGGGACAAAUAAGGAUGGAUCAGUUUAGUGGCGGCGGCGGUGGUGGCGGUGGUGGUGGUGGACGACAGUACGACCAUUUCAAUGCUCAAAGUUAUUCAAACGGUGGAUAUGGAUAUGGACCGCAACGAUGA